AUGAUUUUCGAGGGUUUGGGCGGAGAUCCUGCAGAUGCGUGGAAUGCGAUAUUAGAAUGUGUAAAGACAGACGUGCUUGCGAAAGAACUUUUCGAGUACUAUCAGGAGCUAUUGACAGAGGUUGGUGAGACACCCAACCUGUGGACGAUACCGAAGAUAACUGACAGUUAUAGCAUAUAUAUGAUCGAACUAGCUUCAAACUGGGUGAUAAUCCGGUCGCUACGACAGGCCACAGCGCGGGUUUUUCAGUUGCCGCAAUCGUUGCUACUGGAAUUUCGAACAUUUCUGAGAUGCGGUGCAAAUGCAAUCGUUGUGACUGGGAAAGGAGAUAACUUGGCUGAACUUGCCACCCUGGGCGACGAAGCGGGCUUGCUGCACUUUUUUUUGCCCAUGCGACACCCUGUUCAUAACGAAGAACUCCUAUCUCCCUUUUUGGAAGAAAUCAAAGAAGAUAUUGAAUGUGACUCUGCUAUCUGUUUUCACAUACUUGUCCCAAGUUCCAAUUCGGUGGACAGAGUUUUCCUGCGCGAGAAAACUGCCAUGUUGGACUGCGGUGGUGAGAAUCUUCACAUGUAG